GUCCCUUCACGCUCGCAACAGCUGAAAACAGAGAAGGAAACUCGCUAGAGCCUUUUUUACCAGCGCAGGAAGCCUCCCUGUCCCGCUCUCACCCUAGAAGCCCUCGCGUACUCCACUACUCUGGGGGGGUGGCUGUCCCACACCCGUCGUGCGAUGAACAUCGCAAGGAGAAGAGGCUUUUACAGACAGGAGGUGAACAACACGCUCUGGGAGCUGCCCAGGAGAUACACAUCCCUGCACCCGCUGGGCUCCGGGGCCUACGGCUCCGUGUGUUCAGCCAUAGACAAGAAGACGGGGGAGAAAGUGGCCAUCAAGAAGCUGUGCCGCCCGUUCCAGUCAGAGAUCUUUGCCAAGAGAGCCUACAGAGAGCUGAUGCUGUUGAAGCACAUGCAGCAUGAGAAUGUCAUUGGGCUGCUUGAUGUCUUCACCUCCACUGCCUCCUACCAGGGGUUCCAGGACUUCUACCUGGUGAUGCCAUACAUGCGGACAGAUUUACAAAAGAUCAUGGGACAUGAAUUCAGUGAUGAAAAGAUCCAGUACCUGGUCUACCAAAUGCUGAAAGGGCUGAAGUAUAUUCAUUCAGCUGGCAUUGUCCACAGGGACCUGAAGCCAAGUAACCUGGCUGUGAAUGAAGACUGCCAGCUGAAGAUCUUGGAUUUUGGCUUGGCGAGACAGGCUGAUGCUGAGAUGACUGGCUACGUGGUCACACGGUGGUACAGAGCCCCAGAAGUCAUCCUGAACUGGAUGCAUUACAACCAGACAGUGGAUAUCUGGUCUAUUGGCUGUAUCAUGGCAGAAAUGCUGACUGGGAAAACACUCUUUAAAGGAAAAGACUACCUGGAUCAACUGACCCAGAUCCUGAAAGUAACAGGGCAUCCAGGAGAGGACUUCUUGGAGAAGCUGGAGGACAAAGCGGCAAAGAGUUAUAUCAAGUCCCUUCCUAAAAUCCCCAAGAAGGAUUUGUCUGUGCUUUUCCCUAAAGCAAAUCCUCAGGCUGUGGACCUGCUUGACAAGAUGUUGCAGCUGGAUGUGGAAAAGCGCCUUACAGCAACAGAGGCCUUGGCUCACCCCUACUUCGACCAGUUCCGAGAUAUCGAGGAGGAGACAGAGGCACAACACUCCUAUGACGAUUCUCUGGAACAUGAAAAGCUUUCAAUAGAGGAGUGGAAAAAGCACAUUUACAAGGAGAUCUUGACCUUCAGUCCCAUUGCACGGAAGGAUUCAAAGAAGAGAAGUGGGAUGUCAUUAUAGCGAUGGGUGCAGCUGUGGAUGGGACUCAGUUCUCCUUGAUGACUUCAGAUUCAUUCCACACUGCGUUGCUGGUGGCCAACUUUUGGCCUGUGGGACCUCUCUCUAUGUGCCAACUCAAGGAUGACACCGUGCUGUGGGCAUUGGACUUUAUUCUUCUAAAGGGGAAACACCCCAGACAGUUUUCAACAUAAAAGACAAAUAUAUUCUUGUUAAAACUA